CUUUAGCGAUGAACUUCUUAGUUCUUACCGUAACAGUUCGUAAACAUCCACAAUCCCACACACGUGCGAAUUUGAAGUUGAUGUGUAAUGUGAGUGUUUCGACUGAUGUGUUAUUUUCCUCAGUUUUUUUAAAGUUUUGUGAACAACAUGGCCAAACUAUGCUUGAAAAAAACCAGCAAGCGCAUUCCUGCGCGGAAGAGGUACAAAAUUGAAAAGAAAGUACGAGAACAUAACAGAAAACUGAGACGAGAAGCGAAGAAAAACCCUAAGAAGACCAAGAAAAACAAAAUUAUUCAAGUUCCAAACAUAUGCCCUUUCAAAGAAGACAUAUUAAAAGAAGUUGAAGCUUUGAAGAAGAAACAAGAAGAAGAAAAGCAGAGGAUAAGGCAGGAGUUAAAAGAGAAAAAGAAGAAAGAAAAGGAAACAGCACAAAAAUCUGCUACUUUGUCGACUCUUGUUACUGAAGCUGGAAAGAAAGAAAAAGUUCACGAGGCUUUGAACAUUACAUCUAAUGAUGAUGGUGUUAAAUAUACCAAAGUUGAUAGGUUGCAGUCAUAUUACAGAGAAUUCAAAAAGGUGCUGCAAGCAGCUGAUGUCAUUCUGGAGGUUGUGGAUGCCAGAGAUCCCUUGGGAACGCGCUGUCAACAGGUAGAGCAAGCUGUUCGCGAUUCUGCUGGCAGCAAGAGACUUGUUCUUGUUCUGAACAAAGCAGAUCUGGUACCACGUGACAGUCUAAAUGCUUGGUUGAAGUAUUUGAGGCACACUGUGCCAGCUGUACCCUUCAAGGCUAGCACGCAGCAGCAAAGCCAGCGGCUAGGCAGGAAGAAGAUGCGACAAGCAAAUGAUAAGAUGAUGCAGGGCUCCACCUGCCUUGGCGCAGAACUGCUAAUGUCACUGUUAGCAAAUUAUUGCCGAAACAAGGGAAUCAAGACAUCCAUAUCUGUUGGAAUUAUAGGGUUGCCAAAUGUUGGUAAAAGCAGUAUCAUUAAUAGCUUGAAGAGGGCCAGAGCUUGCAAUGUUGGUGCUACUCCGGGUGUUACCAAGGCCAUGCAAGAAGUUCAGUUGGAUUCUAAAAUUAAACUAUUAGAUAGUCCUGGAAUUGUGUUUGCUUCAUCUGAUGGACGUGGUGAUGCAUCUGUUGCAUUGAAGAAUGCUGUUAGAGUAGAAAGCCUAAUGGAUCCAUUGACACCAGCUUCAGCAAUUCUCCAAAGAGCAAACAGGGAACAGAUGAUGGAGCUGUACAACAUUCCAGAAUACUCUACACCACAGGAAUUUUCACUUCUGGCCAAGCGAAUGGGCAGGUUCAAGAAAGGAGGUGUACCAGACCCAGAAGUUGCUGCAAGGAUAUUGAUUGAUGACUGGAACAGAGGUAAAAUUAAGUACUACACAGUUCCACCAGAGGACAUCACAGAUGCACACAUAAGCUCUGCAAUUGUGCAGGAAGCAGUUGCUGAAUUUGACAUAGCUUCUUUUGAAGCUAUGGAAACGGAAGUACUGGGUGCAUUGGAGUCCUCUAGGAAACAAUCUGUAGCAGAAAUUAGAAUGGAAUCCAGUGGACCUGUUGAUGCAAAUUCUGUCUUUGAGAAGAUGGAAGUUGAGAAUAAGAGUGAACUUCUUCCAAACAAUGUAUCCAUUGCAUCUAAUAAGAAAAAACUACGUUGGAGGAAAGGAAAGGCAAAGGAAACAACUAAAAAGAAAGAAGUUUCUUUUGCAAAUGCUGAUGGGAAUGAGAAACUGAAUAACUUUAAGAAACUGCAAUUUAAAAAACUGAAAAAAGAAAGAGCUCGGAAUGAGCGUAAGGCAACUGGGCUGGCUGGAGAUCUCGAAGGUAUUAGCAUUAGCCAAGGUGAAGCAUACAGUUUUGAAAAAGAUUUUGUGUAACACAUGCGUCUAGUGCUAGCAACACAUAGUGAUGCUUUCUGGUACUUUUUUAACAUGUAUAUUGUACUGUGAAUAAACUGAAAGAACCUUA